AUGACCGGAACUGCUAAGAGUGAAGCCGAAGAGUUUCGGCAAGUUUACGGCAUGGAAGUUAUUACUAUUCCACCUUACCGGAAAUUAAUUCGUAAAGACCGGAACGAUUUAAUUUUCUGGGACAAAGAAGGUAAAUAUAAAUCAAUUAUUAAACUAAUCAAAAAAAACAGUCAAACUAAAAAAAGACCAAUUUUAAUUGGCUCACCGAGCGUGGAAAUCUCGGAAUACUUGUCCUCUUUAUUAAAAAAAGAAGGAAUAUUUCAUUAUAAAUUAAACGCAGUUAAUCACCAACAGGAGGCUGAAAUUGUGGCCCAAGCCGGACAAUUAGGUGCUAUUACCAUCUCUACCAACAUGGCCGGGCGGGGAACUGAUAUUGUUUUAAGUGAAGAAAGCCGAAAAGCAGGUGGUCUGCUGGUAAUCGGAGUAGAGCGAAAUACGGCCCGACGAAUUGAUAACCAAUUGCGAGGCCGUUCAGGAAGACAAGGUGACCCUGGCGAAAGUCGUUUUUACGUCUCCUUAGAGGACGAGUUAAUAAAAAACUUUGGAGUUAAGGAGCAAGUAGGAAAAAUUUUUAGUCAAAAACAACUAAAAGAACUGUUUCGCCGUCCAUUGAGCGGAAAAAUAUUUAACUACCUCAUUUCUGAGCCUCAGGAAACUCUACGGAAUGUUCAGGCUUCUAAUCGCCAAUAUCACCUUAAUUAUGACUUACUGAUUAAUCGACAAAGACAAUUCAUUUAUAAUUAUCGCAACAAACUACUAAGUGCCUCCGACUUAACAAAAAUAAUUAAAAAAAAGGACAAAAAAGCCAAAGGAGAAAUUGUACCAAUCGAGCAAGAGUAUUUAAAAGCGAGGUUAGUGAAAGAAAUAGAUAAUUUUUGGUCAGAAUAUUUGGAAUCUUUAAACAGAAUUCGUACCUUGGCUAACGUUAAGAGUUAUUUGCCUCAAGAGCCCCAAGAAGCCUUUUUUUGA